GUGUUGGGGACAACUUUAUGGUACAGAUGGUGGCAAAACCAACUAGAGGAGGAUCUUCUCAAUUUAUUCCUUAACAAUGGGGAGGAAUUGGUUGAAAAUCUGAAGGUGGAAGACAGUGAACUCUUUAUCAAGUCAUGAGAACUAGCAUACAGAAAGAAGGAUGGGAAAACAAUAAAAUAAAAACAUUGGGCUAAAGGCAAACAGCUUUUAACAGAUUCGGAGAACUGAUCGAUACUAUGCCAUAGGAGGCAAGUCUAUGGGGAAAAAGGUUUUACUGAAGACGACAGCUGGAGACAUCGACAUUGAACUCUGGUCAAAAGAAGCACCAAAAGCAUGCCGAAACUUUAUCCAGCUUUGUAUGGAAGAUUAUUAUAACAACACAGUAUUUCAUAGAGUUGUGCCUGGUUUUAUAGUUCAAGGAGGUGAUCCCACUGGUACUGGAUCAGGUGGAGAAUCGAUUUAUGGGGUUCCCUUCAAGGAUGAAUUCCAUUCACGGUUGCGUUUUAAUCGAAGAGGACUGGUUGCUAUGGCAAAUGCUGGUCCUCAUGAUAAUGGCAGUCAAUUUUUCUUUACUCUGGGUCGUGCAGAUGAACUUAACAACAAGCACACCAUCUUUGGCAAGAUUACUGGGGACACAAUAUAUAAUAUGAUACGACUGGCUGAAGUAGAAACAGACAAGGAAGAAAGACCACUCAACCCACACAAAAUAAAAAUUAGUGAGGUUUUGUUUAAUCCUUUUGAUGAUAUCAUUCCAAGAGCAAAUAAAAAGCUGAAAAAGGACAAACCAGAAGAAGAAGUAAAAAAGUCCAAGUCCAAAGGCACAAAAAAUUUUAACUUGCUUUCCUUUGGAGAGGAAGCUGAAGAAGAAGAGGUAGAAGUCAACAAAGUUAGUCAGAGUAUGAAGGGGAAAAGUAAAAGUAGCCAUGACUUGCUGAAAGAUGAUCCACAUCUAAGUUCAGUUCCUGCUGUCAAAAGUGAAAAAACAAAUGAAGUAGGUGAUUUAAGUGAGAAGGAAGAUAAUGAUGAAGGGGAUGAAAAUGAAAUCGAUACUAAUGAAGAAAAUGAAGUGAAGAAUCGCAUUGCUAAAAAGCUGAAAAAAGAUUCAAAUGAAAAUGAAAAACUACCAUUCAAGGAAGAAGAAAUAAAAACAGAAAAGAAAACUACUACCCGCAGUGAGGAACUACGGAAAGAAGCACGCCAGCUGAAACGUGAACUGCUAGAAGCAAAGCAACAAAGAGAAGAAAAAGCUGAAAAACCAAAAGGAAAGGAAGAGGAAGAGGAAGAAGGUAUGUCGAAGUCCAUUGUUGCAGAAUAUCUUCAGGAGAAGAAGAAGUAUGAAGACAUGAGGAAACGGCAGCCAAAGAAAGGGGCUUCUCGUGAAGAUCAGACACUGGCAUUACUGGACCAAUUCAAAUCAAAGUUAAACCAGGCAAUAGCAGAAACUCCUGAAUGUGAGGUUUCAGAACCUGAGGUGGAGGAUGAUGAAGGAUGGAUGGCACAUGUGCUUCAGUUUGAGGACAGAAGCAGAAAAGUGAAAGAUGCAAGUAUGCAGGAUGAAGACACUUUUGAAAUCUAUGAUCCUCGGAAUCCUGUAAAUAAGAGGAGAAGAGAGGAAAGCAAAAAGAUAAUGAAAGAAAAAAAGGAAAGGAGAUGAAAUGAAUGUAAAGCUGUCCAGAGCUGCCUUGGAAAAUGACUGCAGUACAGGAUUGGCUCUUUAGUAGCUGUAGUUCCUAAAAAUAUCACUCAACAAGUGUGAAAAGGAAUUUCUCAAGAACCUAGUGUCUAAUUCUGAAACAGCUUUCUUAUUUGUUUUCUAAAUUGUGCAGUGAAGUAAGCAAGUGAUCUCUGUGCAUUAUGUAGGCUCUCCUCCUUUGACCAUUUUUAGAAUUAUAUGUUUAAGGUCUACAAUUUAAUUACUACACAUUGAUAACAUGUGGAUAAUAUGUAUAUAUAUAUUGUAAUGAUAAGGUAUAUUUUGUUUGCUGUUUGCAACCAUAUUUACCAAAAUAAAGAAUUUUUCCCCAUU